AUGAAAGGAAGGUGCACUCAGUUUGAGCAGCUUGCUAAAGAUAUACAGUUCUCAAUGGAUCGUGAAUUGUCAGCGAAAACAGCUGAAAUAGAACGACUACAUUCUUCCGCAGCCGAACUGGAAGCAGCUGCUGCCGCAAAAGAAUCGUCAUUGAGUCAGGAAAUCUCUGCUCUGAAAAGGUCGAUAAAGGCAGUUCAAUCUGAGUUGGACGAACAGCUGUCGAGGAAGAUCUCAUCGUGGGAAGAAGAGAAGAAUGCCCUUAUUGAGAGAUGUCUGAACACCGAAAGUGAUUUGGACUUCGAGCGAGAACGCGCUUUGGAAAACAAGCGGCGCUUCGAUGAAGCAUUAUCAGCAAUGCAUGAGUUGGGAAGGGCCAACCAGUCACUGCAGGUGGGUACUCCAAUAAACGCUGUAUGA